UUUUCCCAUCCCAAUUUCAAGGUUACUUCCUUAGAAUUGGAUUUAAUUUUAUUAUUGUUGUGUAUGGAAUUUUAGAAAAGAAAGACAAUGGUCUUUAAAUUAGUGCGCAUUGAUGCGGAAGAGCCGAAUAAAAUUCAGCUACCGCUAGGAACACAUUUAAUAGGGAGAGGAAAAUUUCUCGAUUGCGAAGAUAAGCGAAUAUCCAGAAACCAUGGCCAUCUUAUCAUAUCAGGAACCAGUGUAGUCAUAGAGGCGUUGCACCAAAACCCCUGUUUCUUCACAAAAAAGGGAUCCGAAGAAAAGCAAGUGUUAAAAAAGUCCUCUAAAGAAAUACUUGACAAUGGUGAUAGAUUUGGGCUCUUGCCGGGCUCUUAUUGGUAUGAGGUGUUGCACUGUACUACAGAAACAGACAGUCAAGCGACUGAUGUGUCAAACACAGAAGAGCUUGACCUGGGUAAAGGUGAAACUGAUCAGGAUAGUCGGAUAGAUCAGACGUUAAACACAGAAAACGUUAAUUCUAAUGUUAAUGAAGAAAGAAAGAACGAGGAAAAUAAUGAAGAUUCUGUUUUGAAUUUUGAUUUAAAUGAGACAGUGGGAAAUGCUGGAAGACCUGAAUCACCAUCAUUACUGGACCAACAAAAUGAACAGAAUUCACCUCACCAACAAAUUGGGCCUUCAAGUCCAACCACCACAGAGCAAACAGACCCACCAGAACCCACAGUUCCCACAGACCCACCAGAACCCACAAUUCCUACAGACCCACCAGAACCCACAGCUCCCAUAGACCCACCAGAACUGGCAGCUCCCACAGACCCACCAGAGGUUCAAACAGAACAGGAAUCAGUAUCACCACCUAAAAGAAGUCAUAGUCCAGAAGGGGACGAUGGAGUUAAGAGGAUAAAGACGGAGCCGGCAGACAUUAAAGAAGAGUUAUUGGUGAAGCAGGAACCUGAUGCCAGUGAUGGGGCGGGACCCAGCAGUGGCCAGGCUGAUCAAGCUAGCGCAUCUAAUGCAGCAGACGGAAAGGCGCCGCCGAGUCCGGCGCCACCACGAGAACGCUGCAUGUAUGGGGCUGAUUGCUAUAGACGUAACCCGGUCCACAAGGCGCAGUUCGCGCACCCCCGGGACACGGACUGGGGCGCGGGCGAGCAGGCGCCGUGCCCGUACGGCGCGGCGUGCCGCAAGCGUGACCCGCGGCACUGGCGCCUGCACUCACAUCCACCGCAGGCGCGCAUGCCACCCCCAGCAGGUGCGCAGGUCGUGGAAAGGCACGGGAACGUGUUCUACAUCAACGCUCACGCGGUCAACUUUUACGACGAUCACUUCCAAGUUGAGGACGAUGACGGGGACAGCGUCGACUUCGAUUAUGAGUUCUAAUGCGUCGUAUUAAGGUUCUAGAUGCCGUGACAGAUGCACUAAGAAAGUUGGGCCAAGUGUAUUGCAACCUGGGUCUGUCUCAUUCUAACUAUAAGAACCUGAACUGAAGGUGUGAGAACACCUGAAGUUAUUUUUUUUUGUUCUGGAUGAAGAUUGGCGAAAGCUUGGUAAAAUCCAAUAUAAAUAUCGAGACUUGAUUUAUGGACAUGAUGGACGUUCUUGUCUACGUGAUAGCGUGAUAAAACGGUAACCGUCACUUUCUAUCUCACGGUGUUCAAAAGUGACAGUUAUUUUAUCACGUGGAUAAAGCCUAAAAGCCAUCCAUAAUGUUCACACAAACAAUCCUAUAUAUAAAUUAAGUAAAACUCGGGCUAUUUCCUAAAGCCUCUGGAAACACAUUUCAAAGUCCAUUACUUCUAGAUGACUACACAAUUAAUGAGAAGAAUUAAGGAGAAUUAUGUAAUUUAACUGAUGACUACAGAGACAUUAUGUUUAGGUCAAAGGCCGAAAGCAAAAAAGCGCCAGCGGGCAUCCCAAUCAGUAUCAGGGUCUGACUCUGACCCUGGAUCAGCUGGAAGUCCUG